GUACAAUUUCACAUUAUGUACAUCCUUUGAUGGAAUACCUAGUACUAGUACUUGUAUAUUCAUUGCUUAAUUAUAUACCAUAGUGAAAACUAGAAGAACUGAUCGAAGAAUAAGAUCGACGAUCGAACAACACUACAAUAGUUUUGCAAAUUGAAGUAAAAUACAUGACACCAAUAAUUACUGCUAUCGUCUUAAGUGUUCCACCAGGCAUUGUGAAUUUAUUAGGAGUAUUAGUGUUGCUUAUCUAUAUGCUCGUACAACACACCAAUGCAAUGAUAGCUCGAGCUAAGUAUAAUGAAUUUAUGUGAAAAGUGUCAAGUACCAGAGUUUAAAUAAAAAUGUUUAAAAAACUAAAGGACAAAUUGGCUGAGGAGGUGAAAUCAUCGCCUCAGAGGAUUCAGCAGUUUGCCCAGGCUGCUCAGGCUGCUGUCACAUCUGCCUCCAGUAGUAUAACUGACAUCACAAAUAGUGAUUUAUUCUCAAUUGGAGAUAAUGAUGGUCAGCAACCUCGCCCAGUUAAGGCACAGUCAUCAUCACCAAAUGGUCAGCAGAAUACAUUCCAAGAUGUGGGUCUUCUGGAACCCUUACAGCCUAAUGAAUCAGUGGACUACAUGUCUUCACAUGAUAUCCUUGAUCACCAGAGACAAAGACGACUAUCAAACAGCUCAUUUGCAAGUGAUGUUUCCUUUAGAUUACCAAGUUAUGAAACUCCUUCUAUGUACCAUUUACAGUCUGAUAUGGAGGUAUCUGCUAGUGAAGCUGAAGAGCGAGGUUUUUCUAGUGGAAAUGUCAGUCUUGAUCGGGUCACAAAAGAACAACUGUAUGCUGCAUACCGACGCACACAAGAAAGAUACACAAAGUACAGAACACAAUAUGGUGACCUAGCUCGUCACUACAAAUUAUUAGAAAGAGAAAAUGCUAAAGCAAAGAGUGUCUUGGUUGAAACUCAAGAUAAAGCCCUAAGAAGAAUAUCAGAACUUCGAGAGCAAUGUGCGUUGGAACAAAGCGCGAAGGCCCACCUAGAAAAAGCUCUUCGUGUUGAAAUUGAAGAAAAGUGCAUGAAAAUUGAAGCACUUAAUACUAAAGUCCAAUUACUACAAAGUAACUCAAAUAUUGCUAAUAGUAAUGAUCAAAAUGACAUUAAAACUAAAUCGACUGAAGGAGAUGGUGAUGUACAGCUAAUAAAUCUAUCAAAUGAUAAGGAAGGAAAUCAAAUUAGUGAAGAAUCCUCAGCAGAAAUAAUCGCAUUGAAUAAUAAAAUAGAAAAAAUGGAACAGCUACUAAAUAAGUACAAAGAGUCUUUGAAGUUGAGUAAAGAGAAAAACUCUCAAAACACUACUGAGAUACAAAUUCUGGCAAAUGAACUUGAAAACAAAAACAAAGAAAUUGAACAACUGAAAGCCAUUUCAGAUCAACUGGCAGAGAGUAAACAAAAAAUCCAGGAAUUAAAUAAUAUUAAUGAAGAAUUACAGAACAAAAUUAACGUGUAUGAGUUUAAUAAAACGAGAGAAAUAUCAACAUUAGAAGUUGACUUCCAAAAAGCUCAAGAAGAAAUAUCAGAACUACGCAGUAAAAUUGAAGUAUUUAGUAAAAGAGAAGAAGAGUAUGCUAUUUCUUUAGCAGAAAACAAAUUGAGUAUACAUAAAGAGUUAGAAAGUAAGGAAUCAGAAAUUAAAUCCCUAAAAGAUUACUUAGAGGCAAGCAAGAAAGAAAUACAAUCCUUGAAUAUAGUUAUAAAUGACUAUAAAAACAAUGUUAUAUCAUUGGAAGCAGAAAAAACGAAGCUAAGUCAAGAUAACUCUGAACUGAAUUCAUUUAAAACUAAGAUUUCUGAUUUGGAGGGCCAAAUAGAAGAGCUGACCAAAAAAUGUCAGAAUUUAGAACAAACUAAAACAAAAGCAGAUGAAGGGUACAAAUGUCUCCAGUUACAAAUGAAACAAGAAACUGCAGAAAAAUUAGCCAUGAUUGAUAGAAACACAUACUUAGAAAACAGGAACACACAGCUAAGUGAAGAAAACGCAAAGAAAAGUGCACAGAUAGGACAAUUAGAAAUGGAACUUCAAAAAAAAGAAAAGAUCUUAAAGGAUCAAGCCUUAGAAGACUCUAAGAAAGAUGAAGUUCUUGAAGAAUUGAGUAUAUGGAAAGACAAGUAUGCAAAACUGGAAUCUGAAAUACAAGAAGAAAGAGAUGAAUUGAUCAAAUUACAAUCUGAAAUUGAAAAACUAUUAGCAAAUCAUGAGUUAUUACAAAAUCAAAAUAUCGAGUUCCGUAAGGUUGUUACUGAAUUGAAAUCCGAGAAUGCAGUCAUGCACGAAAAAGUCGUCAAAAAUACCAAAAUGAAAGCAGGUAUUGUAAAGCUUGCACACGAAAUUCUGGAUUUAAGAAAACUUAUCUUUGUAAUUUCGAGUGAGGCGAAGUCAUUGCAAGCGAUCAACAAUGAAGCAUUUAUAUCCUUAACUAAGGAGAUUAAUUAUGCUUUCAACAACAUUUCACAUUGCGAAACUAAUUCUAAUAAUAACAAACUGAAUGAAUUAAAACAAGAAAAUAAUAAGUUGCAGAAAGAACUGAAAGUAGGUGUGGAAAAAUAUGACAAAUUAAAUUCAGAAUUAAAUGCCCUUCAGGACGAAAAUAAUAAUUUGAAAUCAACUAUUACUGAGUUUGAAGUACAAAAGAACCUCAUAGAUGAAGAAGUGAAAAAUAUUACUGAACGUUAUGAAGUAGCCAUAAAUGAUCUAAAUUUUGUUAAAGAGGAAAAAGAAAACCUACAAUACAAGAUCAAAGAAUAUGAAAACAACUUCCAAAAUCUACAAUUAGCUAUGGAGUUUGAGAAAACUCAGUAUCACGAUACUAAUGAAAAACUAAAAUUAUUGGAAAAUGAGAACAAGAUAUUAGUGGAGAAACUGGAUUCUUUGAUGAAGGAAAGUAAUGUGUCUAGCAAAGAUUUAGUUGCCCUCACAGAUUUGCACAAUAAUACAGUUAGUGAACUUGAUGCUGUAAAGAAUGAGAAUAAUAAGUUGAGCGUUCAAAUAGAAGAACUCAACAAACAAAUUGCUAGCAUAAGUAAGUUACAAGAGGAUAACAAAGCUUUAACACUGGAAAAUACAUCUUUGAACACUCAAGUAGAAGCCACUGCUGAUACUUAUAAAAAAUUGGAAGUGGAACUCAGUGAUCUACGUAAAUCCCAUGCUGAUGUGGAAGUGGAAAAAAAUAAAUUAAAAGAAAUUAAUAAUAUGCUGACUGUUCAAACAGAAGAACUGAAGACACAGAUUUCUAACAUCAGUAAAAUACAAGAGGAUAACAAAAAUUUAACAGUUGAAAAUAUAUCUUUGAAAACUCAAGUUGAGAGUAUAGCUGACAGUUAUAAAAAACUAGAAACUGAAAUUAAUGAUGUACGAAAAUCACAUGCUGAUAUAGAAGUAGAAAAAGAUCAUUUGAAUGAAAUCAUAGAAAAAUUGGAAAAUAGUUCAUGUAAGAGCACACAAAACAAUGAAUGCCAAACAGAUGAUCUAUUACCACAAACAGUAUCUGAACAAGAAUUACAAAGUGUCAAAGCUAUUGACCUUGGAAAAUUGAACACAACUAGCGUAGAAAAUAUCAAUACAGAAACAAUUACGGCUAGCGGCGAUGAGUACAAAUUAUUGAAAACUGAAUAUGAUGCAUUGAAAGAAGAAAACAGACGUUUUAAAUCUGAUAUUGAGGGCCUACAAACAUAUUUGACUAAAAUAUCUAAAGAAAACAGUGUUUUGAAUGAUAAACUUCGCGAGCUCAUAGCCACUAGUGAACAUUCCACUGAUAAUAGUGACAUUUGUAAUGAUUUAUCGGAAUUGAAAAAAGAAGCUCAAUUGAGAAAAGAAAAGAUUGAUGAUCUGUUACGAGAAAAUAUGUUGCUGGCUGAGGAAAAUUUGGAACUAAAGGAUCAAUUGCAGUCCCAAAAUUACCCUAAACCUGAAAUAAAAUCGCCACAAGAAAACGAUAAUUCACUGAGAGAAAAGUACAAUAAUUUAAUGCAAGUUAACAGCACUUUGGAGAAGCGUCUUAACGACUUGGAACAAAUGAACAAAUCUGUAAAUAGUAACUUUUCACAAAUUCAGGAAAAGAAUGAGAAAUUACGAUUGUCUAAUGAAAAACUUGAGAGGCGUCUUGAUGAGGCCCUCGUUAGUCUGAGACAUUUGCACGCAUUACAAGAAAAUACAGAGCUAGAAUAUUUGCGCAAUAUACUUUACGAGUACCUUACUGGUUCUGGAACACAUUCCGUUACUUUAGCUAAAGUGUUAGCAGCCAUAGUCAAGUUUGACGAUAUGCAAACCAAACAAGUUUUGCAAAAGGAAAAAGAACGACAAGGAUUCUUGCGACAACUUGGCAUUAUUUGAUAUGAAAUGUCACCUGAAGAUGCUUUAUUAUCUUUAUAACAAUUUAUUAAGUUUUAUAAAUAAAUAGAAAAUAAAUCAAAUGUAAAUUUUAUGGAAAUCCAUAGUUUUGUUGUUUGUAAAUUAUUGUUAUUUUUAAAAUAUUAUAUUAAUUAUGUAUAUUUAAUUAAAUGUAUUUUAACUCAA